AUGAGUUUAUCUGAAGGAGCUGGUGUGUUACCAGAUGGUCCUCUGAGUGCAUCUGUUGGAGGGACGGUGAUGUUCAGGACAGAUAUAACAGAAACAUUUCUGGCUGUGAGCUGGAMUUUUGGUGACAGWCMUGAGMCUAUAAUAACUUCAKYGCCUGGUGRAAACACAACAGGCCCAGAGUAUGAAGGCAGAAUCACCCUGUUCAUAUUAACUGGAUCUCUGGAGCUCAGAAAUCUGAAACUCAAUGACAGUGGAGUGUACAGAGUUGCUGUUACACCAGCAGAUGGCCACGAAAAAGCAGGAGAAACACGGCUGAACAUCUAUGCACCAGUCUCUAAUACAAAAGUAACUCCACCAACUGCAGACCUGGUUGAGUUCAACAGUUCUGCUCGUUUGUACUGCUCCUCCUCUGGAUCUUCUCUCUCCUUCCUCUGGAAGAACAGCAGCUCUGAGCUUACAGCCAGUGACAGAGUUCAGAUCAACACAGCUGAUGGAGGAUCCACUCUGACUAUAAUCAAUGUGACCAGAUAUGAUGAAGGACCAUACAGCUGUCAUGUGUCCAAUCCUCUCAAUAAUGUCCUGAGUGAUCCAGUUAGCAUCUCUGUGAACUAUGGCCCAAAAAAUGUACAAUCAAACAUCUCUCCAUCAAAGGAACACUAUGAAGAAGGAUCAGACAUCACUCUGAGCUGCUCGGCUGAAUCUAAACCUUCUGCUGAGUUUAAAUGGUUUCUGAAUGAAGACCUGCUGCCUGGUUCUGGACCAGAACUCAGACUGAUGAAGGUUCAGACAAGUCAGAGUGGAGACUACAGCUGUCAGGCCUUYAACAACAAAACUCUGAGAUAUGAAACAUCUCAGCGUUUAUCUGUGUCGAUUCUUGCACGUAUAUCUAAUGUUGUGGUGCAAUCAAACACUCUGGACUUGGCUGAGUUUAAGAACUCUAUCAGUCUGUCCUGCUCCUCCUCUGGAUCGUCUCCUUCCUUCCUCUGGAUGAACAGCAGCUCUGAGCUUACAACCAGCGACAGAGUUCAGAUCACUGAUGGAGGAUCCACUCUGACUAUAAUCAAUGUGACCAGAUAUGAUCAGGGACCAUACAAAUGUCAGGUGUCCAAUUAUUUCAAUGAUGACGUCAGCGAUCCAGAGCUGCACUAUGCACAACUCAAGUUCUUAAAGAAACCAAAAGGAAGGAGCGUCCGGAGGGAAAUCGAAGAUACUAAAACAGAAUACGCUCAGAUCAAAGUGAACAAUGGACCUCCAGCUCCAUCCUCYGUCAUUAAUACUCAGGGGCUGGUUUCUACAGGAAGUAGCUUUCCUAACAACAGUAAUCUUAGAACAGUUCAGGUGCAGUUAGAAAAUACUGCAUCAAACUACAGUCAGAUUAGAGUAGACAAAAACCUUCCACCACUUCCUCCUGCUCGUGCUGCUGCUCCUCCUGGUCCUCCUGGUGGUCCUCCUCCUGCUCCCAGCUAUGAUGUCUACAUGCAGCAAGGGCAGAGACCCGCUCCUCGUCCUCCUGUUGCUCCACGACCUUCUGCUCAGAAGCUGGCCUAUGCAGACCAGAGGUUUCCUAUGAACCAAGCUGGAAGGAUGGGCUCAGUGGAGUUAAAAGAAACUGCGACAAACCACGGUCCAAUCAGAGAGAACAGCAGCAGACCUCCAGCCCCUCCUCCACCCACCUAUAAGGCCCAUAUGCAGAGAGAGAACAGACCACCUCCUCCUCCUCCUAAUUGUGCACCAGGACUGGGUGCUGCUGUGCAGAUCUCCUGGACUGGGAAGGUGACGGCCGGCUUUACUACCACCUUCACGUGCUCUUCUUCCUGUUUUCCAAACUGUACCUACACCUGGUACUUUAAAGGCAGAGAAAUAGAUGGGAAUACAUUAACCUGGACACCAGAUGGACAGGAGGAUACUGUAGAACUGCAGUGUUCUGUCCGCAAUCCCGAAASAGGAACCUCCAGCAGCACAGUCUCCAUUGUUGAAGUUAGCACUCAGAUGUCUGUACGAACCAAUCCACCGAACACUGUCCCAGCUCUUAACCAGUCGCUCAACCUAGUUUGCCAUGACUUGAACUCCAGUGACCCUAAAGGCCCGUCGGACCUGGUUUGGUACAAAGACGGACAGGACGUGACUCUGCGUGAAAACAUGCAGCUUCUACAAAACAACGUCACUCUUCACUUUGACUCACUGUUAGCCUCUGAUGCUGGUUUCUAUCACUGUGAAGCCUACCUGCCUACUUUACAAAUAAGAGUUCGCAGUUUGGGAUUUCAGCUUAGCCCAUCAGUGGACCCGAUGUCGUCUUUGUUGGCAGCUUGA